CCCGCCCAGUGCGUGAUGAGAGGGGCGGGGCCUCGGGCGCUCGCCCCGCCCCUUCCGGCGCGGCUUGGCCCCGCCCCUCCCGGCGCUGCCUGGGUCCGUCCUGAGGCUGCAGCUCCCCGCGGCGCGCAUGGUGUACCCCGGGAGAGCCAUGGCCACUUUCCGCUUGGCCCUCAUCCAACUUCAAGUUUCUUCCGUCAAAUCGGAUAAUCUCAAUCGAGCUUGUAGCCUUGUCCGGAAGGCAGCCGCCCAAGGAGCAAAAAUAGUUUCUCUGCCAGAAUGCUUUAAUUCUCCAUAUGGCACGAGCUAUUUUCCUGAAUAUGCAGAGAAAAUUCCCGGUGAAUCCACAAACAAGCUCUCACUACUAGCAAAGGAAUGCAGCAUAUAUCUCAUUGGAGGUUCCAUUCCUGAAGAGGAUUCUGGGAAAUUAUAUAACACCUGUGCCGUGUUUGGGCCUAAUGGAGCUUUACUGGUAAAGCACAGAAAGCUCCAUCUGUUUGACAUUGAUGUUCCUGGGAAAAUCACAUUUCAAGAAUCUAAAACAUUGAGUCCUGGUGAUACUUUCUCCACAUUUGAGACUCCUUACUGCAAAGUGGGCCUGGGCAUCUGCUACGACAUCCGCUUUGCAGAGCUUGCACAAGUCUACGCGCAGAGAGGCUGCCAGCUGCUGGUCUAUCCCGGAGCCUUUAAUCUGACCACUGGGCCGGCUCACUGGGAGCUGCUUCAGCGAGGCCGGGCUGUUGAUAACCAGCUGUACGUGGCCACGGCCUCUCCGGCCCGCGACGACAAGGCCUCCUACGUUGCCUGGGGACACAGCACCGUCGUGAGUCCUUGGGGCGAGGUCCUGGCCACAGCGGGCCCUGAAGAAACGAUCGUGUAUUCAGACAUAGACUUGAAGAAGGUGACUGAAAUACGCCAGCAAAUCCCCAUCCUUAGCCAGAAGCGGUCAGACCUCUAUGCAGUGGAGGCGAAAAAGCCCUAAGCCUGUGGAGACGAUGGACCUCCAGCACACUGAUACUCCCCGCACCAUAUCAAGUAGGCAGAGAGGACCCAGGCUGGGCACUGCAGAGCGGAGGACAAGGGGGUGGUCCUAAGCCUUAUUCUGUGCUUAAAUCACCUCCAGGAAGUUGGUAAAAGUAUGAGAUUUGGGUAUUCUUGUGGUUGGUUUGCCUGAUAUAAAUGUAUUGGUGUCAUAAACCUCUUAUCUCAUUGCUGGAGUUGGAAUCCGUUACGUAGGAAGUGGGAAUACUCUUUCCAGCAGAGCCUUCGAGUUGUAUUGUGGGUUUGUGAGUGGCUGUGGGAAGCAAGGUGAUGGGUCCUUGGUGUUUGCGAGGGGAGGUGGCAGCCCCUGUAGCAGCCUUCAAGAAAGAGCUAAAGAGUCAACCCCAAACUCUCAGGUCUUAAGGGCAAGACUGUGUCAACAGUGAGGCCUGUGGGAAGAUGGCAGUGGAAGCAUUUGGUCAGGCAACUAAAGUAUGUCUCUGCAAGAGGUGUCUUUUUUUAAGAUUAUCGAUUUAUUUUGAGAGAGAGAGAGAGAGAGAAGCAUCGAUCAACUUGCUUCCUGCACCCCCCCCAACCGGGGAUCUAUCCUACAACUCAGGCAUUGUUUCAAUCAGGAUCCAGCCUGCAGCCUUUCAGUGCCCAGGGCCAUGCCUAACCAGCCGAGCCUCCCCAGCCAGGGCAAAAGCGUUUUUCUCGAUAGGAAUAAGUGUCUGAAAGUCUCUCUUGGUUUUUCUCUCUAG